AUACAAACCCUAACCUAAAAUGUUAAACGUCAUUUAAAUUUUCUACUGCCUUAUUCCAAUUAUUUAUUUAUAGUUUAAAUAACUAAUUAAUUAACAAUAAAUAUUAUGUAACAAUGAGUCGUGGAAAUCAAUUACCAAAUUUAGAUAAAAUAUUUAAAGAUGAUGAUGAACAAGAUUUCAAUCCAAUUGGAGGAUCAAACUUAGCAUCUAUUUUUGGUACUUCAAGUAAUCCAGACAGUCUACCUAAAACUCCGUCAAAAAAAUCAAAAAGUGAUAAAACUAAAGUUCAAACAUCACCGCCGUCAUCAACGACAUCAUCUAAGACUGAUGUAAUUUUAGCUAAAGUUAUUCAUGCAUAUAAAUUACAAAAUGGUCAAUAUUCACCACUAGGUAAAUUAGGUAUAGCGUUAACAGGAAACACGACAACAAAAACAUAUUUAUUGAUACUUUAUCGCAAUAAAAAUGAGCAUAUAUCAGUCGUAACAUUGACGUUAGAAUUCAAAUUAUUAAUUCAAGAAAAUAAUUAUGUAAGUUAUUAUGACGGUAAUAAUGACAACUGGUCAAUAUUAUUUGACAGCAAUGACUCUUGUACUGAAUUUGCACGAGAGAUUGCUGUGUCUAAAUAUUUAUUACGCCAAGGAAAAACAGAUGAGACAAUAUACUACCAAGAUUUGACAGUCUGUAAUAAUGAUAAAGAAGUUGCGAACGAAGGAGACAAUAUUAGUAUUAAAUAUUCUAUAAUUAAUAAUAUAAUUCAGCCAUUAAAAAUCCAGUCGAUACCCGUACAAACUAUGACAGUACAGAUCUCAUCUGAUGACAACUGGGAACGUUCGUUGUUGGGUAUCAGCCAUGGAUGUAAAAGAAUUUUAAUUUUGUCGCCAAGUAAACAAAUUAGUCUAGGCCCUGGUUUCCCGCGUGACAAAGACGUCGCUUUAGAUAUUGAAGUCCUUGAUAUCACUAAAGAAAUAAAAAAUAUACCGUCCCCUAAACCGCCUACUGGUAAAGCUUCUCUCAUUUCACGAAUGGCUAAAAUGGGUCAGUCGAUUUUACCGAAGGUUCCGACUUCAACGACCACUGACUCUGAGGAUACUGAAGAAGACAUGCCGGUUAAAUUGCCGAGACGUUUGAAGACGUCUGAUAAUGGACUUAAAAAUAUUUCAUCUAGUGUUAAAACUACUAGUGAAAAUAGUCAAGAAAAUAUACCAGAUGUUACUGUUAGAAGUAAUUUUGUUAGAAGUAAUAAUCCUAUGGCGGUACCUACUGCUCAUGGAAGUUUAGUUCCUGCUGCAUUUACACCUGGUGCUUGGGCAACACCUAUUCCUCAACAAUUUAUGUCAACGGUAGAUGGACAAUUAUACUCAUUUCCAUCCUCAGUAUCACAAUCUCCAGUAACAGGGUCAUUAGAUCCAAAUAUAAAUAUAUUUUUAUCAGAAACACGAACGCACAAUGCUGAGAUUCGUAUGGGAAUGUCUAAAAUAUCAGAUAACAUACAAAAAUUAUUAGAUAAAUUUCAUAUUCUUGAAUUACAAAAUGCCACUGCAUCUCCUAGUAAUGAAAAAGCCCUUGAAUCAUCAUUAAAAAUGUUACUUGCGUUAAAUUUAAAUAAAAAUGAUACCAAAACCAGUGAAAUUGAAAAAAAUUCAUCAGACAUAGAACUUGAAGAUGCAAAAAAGAAAAUUCAAUCACUCGAAGACGAGCUGAAGACGAUUAAAAAUUAUUCAGUCGAAAAUGUUAAUAAAUUAGAACGGUUAGAAGAAGACAAUAAAGUUUUUUCAUCGGAAGAAAUGGAGUUGAAAAAAAGGAUAAAAGAAUUGGAAUUAAAAUUAAUGGAAGUGCGCAGUGAACAUCAGAAAGCAUUAGAAGACAUUAAAAGUACUAAUGAACAAGUAAUCAAGUAUCAGAAAGAUAAUAUUAAAUUAGAGCAGAAGGUUACGAUGCUGGAGACUGAGCAGAAGAAUUUAGGAAAUAAAAAUUUAGUGAGCGAUGAUAAAAAUGCGGAAAUAAAACAGCUAAUGAACAAAAUGUAUCAGACAUUGAUGACUAAAUUUACCGAUGAGUCUUACACGAGUGAUUAUAUAAAAACUACAAUAGCAAGUACAAUUAAAGCAAUAACUUUACAAGUUUUAAAAGAAAAAAGUAACAUUGAGUCUCGUUCAAAUAAUAGAGAAAUAAAAGAUUGUGUUGAACCUGAUACUUUUAAAACAACGAAAGAAUCUGUUUCGUCGGCAUCAACUGACGAUGGUUUUAUUCUUCCAGUAAUUGAUAAAAUAUCUGAUUCGAAAGAUAUCGAUACAGCAUCAGUUUUAUCCGAACCACCGCCAAUUCCUCCAAUGGAUUUAGAUGAUGAUUGGUUACCUUAGUACCUAAAUCCGAAAAAUUAUUUUAUAUAAUUUGUACAUUUUUUAAAAACAAUUAUUGAUAUAUAAUUAAUAUUAUAACAAUCUAUAAUAAUAUAAUAUUUUAAUAGAAUUAUUUAAAUGAAAAUAAAUGAAAAAUUUUU